GUGCUUUUCGUCUAAUCGUCUUGUCUGUCGGCUAUCGAGCCUGAGGUUCCAAAUUCCAGCAUGUCGGUAAUACGCAAACUAUGCGUACAAUUUGAGUCACUUAAAAAUCCUGUUAGGUCAAAAUGCGUUAAGUUGCCAGCACCUAGUACGCGAAGUGAUUUGGCUAUUCUGAAGGAAACUUUACUAAGACAAAUGUUAGAUGACAUGUCAAUUCUUGAUUUACAGUUCAACAAAUCAAAGCUUACACGAGUUGAGGAUCUAAUCAUUUGUGAAUACGAUGAGGAUUUCGGACAACCAAUUGAAGUUCAUUUAGAUGUGGUUUUGUUUGAUAAAGACAUAGUAAUGGUAAGGCUGCGUAAACCUGUAGUUGAAUUCAGUGAGUGUGAGGAGCCAGGUCAGAAACUGGAUAAUGUAUCGAACAAUGGUGACAUCAGUGAAGGUGCAGAAAGUACAGACUUUCUUAACAGCAGCUUGGAAGAAGACAGGAUGUACACAAGUACACCUUAUUCUGUUCCACUAGAACUAACUGGGGCCUCAUCAAGCAGCAAAAUCAAUACCAAGAGAGUGAAGAAAUUUUGCCAACGCAAAGAAAUCUCUGAAGCUGAGGACAACAGCACAUAUGUAGACAUUGGUCAGUUGGAUGGCAGCAUAAACUCACUGAAUGAUGUAACUGCAAGCAACUCUCGUGUUCCUUGUACGACGCUGAUCACUUCGAUGAAAAAUCCUCGGCCUUCUGGUUCUAAGACCACUGUAAAUAGAAACCAUCUCCAAGCCGAUUCAGACGGAGAGAUAGCAAGAGAUCAGGCGACUGAACCGGAAAUUUUAAAACAACUAAAAUCCCGUGUUCCACUUACGCUCCCCCAAAAAGGUUCUGAAUCUUGGGAGAUUAACCCACAACUUGCUCUGGCAAUUAAAAACAAUUUGUUGCUUUUGCACCAAAAUCAAUUCAUUGCAGUUUGUGCGAUGCAUUUCAAAAGGACUCAGCCCUUAGGUAACAAGGGUUUGUUCCGAAGCUACGCCUACAUGAUUGUGACGAAAUACGACGUUCUGAGAGACCACGGCCCGAUCUCAUAUGUAACUGUCAAAGAAAAGGUGAUUCGUGCCAUUAAUAAUAGUUUAGAUAGUCAACAACAUGGAGCACGUCGCAAGCUGGCCAGGAAUCAAAAGAAGCAUGCCAAAAAACAACAGGCGGCCGCUGUCACAACAAACGAUGUCCUUGAUGCUAGCAAUAGUAUCCAACCAUCAGGAGAUGAUAUCGACGACGAGCACCCCAACAACGAUUUGUUGGAUGAGGAAGAAGAAAAAAAAAUUGAAGAGUUUAAGGCUAGAAAAGAAAUUUUCAAUUCGAAAAAGAAGUUGUCGACAAAGGCAAUGUUGGAAAAAAUCCUGAGUUACAACAAUUUUGAAAUUGUCUAUGAAGAUUUUGCUAGAAUGGAGCCAAUGUGCGAUCUUGUAUAGAUAAAUUUUGUGAAAACUUUGAUGAAUUUAUUACCAAUUUUCGCCAGUUUCUUUCGAAACGAAAAAAUGGAGGACAUACUUUUUCAAAUAGAAAUCGUGGAGAUGUAGAUGUGAUACUUACAAUCAAUAGUUUGUGCUCAACAAAGCGUGGGGUUUCAGAUUCUACACCGGUUAUUCAAAAACGUCUGGUUGGUUAGCCUGUUGAGCCUAAUUACAAUGGCCUUAAUCCCAGUGCAAUGUGGUUUUUCGAGGGCGAUGAUGUCCAUUCCAUGUUAAUUUUUGGCGGGGGGGGUGUUGAAUUUCAAAAACAUCCAAACUAAGAGUGUGUGCAUUGUGUUGUAUAUCUACUAGCGCCACUAGUGGCAGGCUUAGCUAAUACAAAGAGGCUAGCCUCAGUCACACUUGGA